ACCACGUUGCCAAGGGAAUCGCGAAGGCGGGUACGCGACACGGUCGGUCGCGCGCACGCACGCACCUGUUCGUACCUGAAGAGGAUAUUAAAAAUAAAAAAUAAAAACAUGUCAGGCUUCGACAGCAAUCCUUUCGCCUAUCCUGUGGAGGUGAAUCCUUUCCAGGAUCCCUCAGUGACCCAGGUGACUAGCACAGGGAGAGAUGGUAUAGAGGAGUACAACCCUUUCUCAGCCAGGAACCAGGAUAAUGGAAAUACCAUACCUUUCUCAGCUGGAUCUCCCGCUGUUCUGCAGCCCACACUGGACCCCACUCCUCAGACCACGGCGGCGGCCGCGCAGGCCACGCUCCUCAAACAGCAGGAGGAAUUGGAGAAGAAAGCAGCCGAGCUCGAGCGCAAGGAGCAGGAACUUCGGAACCGAGACGCAGGCAGGGGUAAAGAAAACAACUGGCCUCCGCUGCCGAGGUUUUUCCCAAUAAAGCCGUGCUUCUAUCAGGAUUUUAAUGAGGAAAUCCCACUGGAAUUCCAAAGGGUCUGCAAGAUGAUGUACUACCUGUGGAUGUAUCACUGUGUGACACUCUUCUUGAACCUGCUGGCGUGUUUGACCUACUUCCUCGUAAACGAUCAGGGCGGCGUCGACUUCGGCCUCUCCAUCCUCUGGUUUAUUCUCUUCAGCCCCGUUGCUUUCAUGUGCUGGUACCGGCCUGUUUAUAAAGCCUUCAGGUCCGACAGCUCCUUCAAUUUCUUCUUUUUCUUCUUCAUCUUCGCUUUCCAAGUGGUGGUGUACAUCAUUCAGUGUGUUGGCAUCCCCAGGUGGGGAAACAGUGGUUGGAUCUUGGCCAUCUCCAUGCUCAAAAGCAAACUCGCAGUCUCUGUGUUCAUGUUGGUCGUGGCCGGAUUCUUCACAGUCAACGCAGUGCUCGCAGUCAUCUUACUCAAAAUGGUCCACGGCAUGUACAGGAGAACAGGUGCGAGUUUCCAGAAGGCGCAGCAGGAGUUGUCUGAGGGCGUCGUCACCAGCAGAACGUUCCAGACCGCCGCGGCCACCGCCGCCUCCUCGGCUGCUCGCGGGGCCUUUCAGUAACGCGGUGCAUUCUGAACUGUCCAUCACUCAUCCACAAAACAUCACCCCUCCUGUGUGUUUAAGACACUCGUCUGCUUCGGCUCCUGAAGGAACACACUGAUACGCUUUCUGAAGGAAUGUUCUGUAGGGAUACGGUAGAGGUCAGUAGUGAGCAAAACCUAUAUCAGAUCUUUUUUUUUUUUUUUUAAAUUAACGCUUAAUUUAAAUUCAUUUUUAGUUAACGCAGAUGAACAAUCCCUGAUUUUCUUGGUUAUCCAUUUUAAAUGAUUUAAAGCUUUUUUUCCCCUCUACCAGUGAUACCAAUUAAGUGGUGGACAAUAUGAUGAAAAUGUCCUAUCACGAUUCGCAAAGAAAUUUCUACGAUGCACGAUAUGCAUCAGGAUAUAUAGUUUUGCUAACUGAAGACUAGCCAAACAGUAAUGUAGCAUUUUUAAAUGGAUACUUUACUUAAAGUCUACAAAAAUGUAUCGAUUCGUAAUUUUUAUAUCGAAAAUGAAAAUAACGUUUUCAUUUCAUUUUCCUUAAAAAAAAACCCAAACAAAUACAAACUAUUUAACAUAUUAAAAAUGAGAAAUUUUUUUUAUAUAUUUUUUUUUUACAUUUUGCAGUUUUAAAGAUUAAUUACAAGAUACAUCACAUAAGCUGCUUCCAGUCACAUCAUAAUUAUUUUAAAAAACAAUAUCUCAGAAAAGCGUAUUGUGACAUAAUUUAUUAUGAUAUAAUGUCAUCGUAUCGCCCAGCCCUUGUAUCGUUUAUGGCAUUUAGCCAGAGUGACUUAGUAGUCUCUAUUAAAAACUCAUCCUCAUGACACUAGAUCAGACCCCGUGUGAAGAAAACAUCCGAGUUUGUAGAAAAAAAGACACCUGUAAAAAUACCCACCCAUCAGCCAUCUCUCCUCUAUCACACAACAGCUGUCUGCCCUCUUCUACAUACACGAGCUCACAGAUACGUACAAUUUGCUAGUGUCGCUGUGAUUGACAGGGGAGAGUAUGCCUUCCCUUCGACCCAGAAAGCACUGCUAAUUUUGCUGUCUAGACUCUCGUCCACGUUUGGCUGUGGCAUUGUUAGGAUUCAAACUCACGAUCUCGCCUGACGCUUUUCUCUUACACCAUUUCAGGGGAUCCUAACACUGAUUAUCUGACAGUGGUUUUGUAUAAAAAUGUUAGACUCCAUAGAGAGAACUAAUCCUGUCUGAAUACAUUUACAUUACAGCAUUUGGCAGACGCCCUUAUCCACAGCGACUUGGAUUUAUCUCAUUUUUACAUCUGAGCAGUUGAGGGUUAAGGGCGUCGCUCAAGGGCCCGACACUGGCAGCUUGGUGGUGCUGGGAUUUGACUUCAUGACCAUCAGAAGUCCAAUGUCUUAACCACCCCUAGGGCUUACAAUAAAUCUUGAAGGAUUUAUUCAAGUAAAUAAAAAUGUUGGCAAAAAAAAAAAAAAACCCUAACAAAACGUGCACACUGUUACAGAAAUCUUUAAGUUCAUUUGUUUUUAAAAUAUGUGGCUGCUACAUUGGUGUGCAUGUACGUGAUGAAAUACAUGCAUGCGAACAUUGUGUAUGUGUGGUGAAGGUAAAUAGUGAUAAAACAGGGCAUGAUGUGCAGGUAAAGCUACUUCUAUGCAAUACAAACUGACGUGUUUUAGCUUCUUUUUCUCAUGCGUCAGUGGAAACACUGACUAUGUUACUAUACAGUUAGCUGAAAACUGUGAUACACAGACGCUGGAGAGACCGUUGCUUUGGUACGGCGUGAAUUUAGAUCUCAUUAAUGUGGGAUUUCGCUUUUCCAUGUUUGCUACAUUUUCCCCUUGUUUUGUCGUCAUGUUAUAGACGUUCAAUUCUGAUCAUGAGUGUCUUUUUUUUUUCAGUGUUCUCCAAUUAUUAUUAUCGAACAAAGUCAUAUAGUCUGUGCUUUAUUUGAAUGCUUCCGACGUGGAAUGGGAUAUUUUUUGUACAGAUAUUAUUUAAACUAUUUGAAAUCCUCGUCAUUUUUCUGAUUAUGUGGAUGUGGAGUUUAUUGUGUAGUGAAAUAUUUUAUCAUUUCUUUAAUUGGGUGUAAAAUAAAAGUGGUUUAUAUUUUA